AUGGAGCGAGGAGAGAAGAGGACGUGGGUGUCUCUCCUUGGCGUCUGCCUGGUCCCCCCUGUGCUGCUGCCGCUGCUGCCUUUGCUGCAUCUGGUGGGGGGGGCCCCUCUGGGCCAGGGGCUGUAUCCCAUGCCGGCCAGCGUCCUGCAAGCACCAGCUGUGCCACUCACUGUGCCCCCAAGCUGCCAGGAUCUGCUGGAAGCCCAGGCACUGCCUGAGCUGCUCCACCGCAACUGGGCGCUGAGCCAAGCCUGUGCCCCCUACCAGCAACUGUGCCCACCUGACGGGGCCCAGCACAACUGCGUCCCACUCAGUGCUCAGCUCUGCCACCACCGCCUCCAGGAGUGCCGGAUGGCAGCUUCGACCCUGGACCCUGAUGUGCCAGCAGAGGUGGUGAUGCCAGGGAGCUGUGGGCACCGCGGGGGCCCCCAAGCCAACGCCACAGCCCCUCAAGGACGGAUCAUGGGCGGCAGCGUGGCCCCUCAGGGAGCAUGGCCCUGGCUGGUGUCAGUACGGCUCCAUGGGGAGCUGAUGUGCGGAGGGGUGCUGGUGGGGCACUCCUGGGUCCUCACUGCAGCCCACUGCUUUGCUGGGAACCGGAAUGAGCUGUCAUGGACAGUGGUGGUUGGAGACCACGAGCUGGACAAGCCAGGCGUGGGCAAGAGGACAGUGCCUGUCCGACGCAUCCUGCCUCACCCUAAGUUUAACCCCAAGACGUUUCACGGGGACCUGGCACUACUGGAGUUGGCUGUGCCACUGGCCUUGUCACCCACCAUCAGCCCUGUGUGCCUGCCCAGUGGCCCUACGGAGCCUAGCCCUGGCACCACCUGCUACAUUGCUGGUUGGGGGUCCCUCUAUGAAGAGGGGCCAGCAGCCAACGUGGUGAUGGAAGCACAGGUGCCACUGCUCAGCCAGGAGACAUGCCGAGGUGCCCUGGGCAGAGACCUGCUCACCAGUACCAUGUUUUGUGCUGGGUACUUGUCAGGAGGCAUCGACUCCUGCCAGGGUGACUCAGGCGGCCCACUGGCAUGCCAGGACCCUUCCUCACACCGCUUCGUCCUCUAUGGCAUCACCUCGUGGGGCGACGGCUGUGGUGAGCGGGGCAAACCCGGCGUCUACACCCGCGUCGCUGCCUUCGUGGACUGGCUCAGCCUCCAGAUGGACCCUGCUCCCGGCAGCCGGGAACCGAGCUGCUUCGACCUGCUGGCUCUGGCCCAGCUGCCUGCUGAACAGCAGCCACUGGAGCGUGCCCGUCUCUGCUCCUUCUACGCUGGGUCCUGCCGAACUCCCCCAGGUCGGGCUGCUUGUGCUCGCCUAGCUGAGGAGACCUGCCACGCCAGGACUAGACGAUGUGAGCUGCACUCCUACGCCCAGACCUUGGUGGAUCUCCUGCACCGGGCUGGGGACUUCAUCCGAAACCAGUUUGACUUCUCCUUCCUCACCCGCACCCUGCCCCAGCUCCUGGGCAAGAUCUAUGGGCAUCUCUUCCCCAGGCGUGUUCGCAGGGAUGUCCCAGGCACAGCUGUGGCAGGGAGCCAGCCCAGCCCUACAGCAGAGGCACCCUGGAGACUCCCUACCAAGUGGGGGGCUGGACAGCCACCCCCUUUCGCAGUGCUCUUCAAGGAUGUGGGGCCCCGACUGCAGGACUGGGUAGAGGCACUGAGGACCAUGGUGGUGGGCAGCACCUCAGCACCCACUCUGGACAACAGGCAGCUCUCUGGGGAGAUGUGUCUCUUCCUGCAGCAGGGAGAGGAGGUGGUGGAGGAACUGGUGGGGCAGGGACGAGCCUUCCUCACCCAGCUGCAGUUAGAGCUGGACCUUGGCACCCCACUUGAAGCCACAGAGUCACAUCAGGCACCUGGAGAGCUGGCAGAGCCCCUCAGGCAGAGCCGGUCUGCACUGAGGGAGAAACGUGAGCUGGUGCCCACAGAGCUGCCAGGAGCAGAGGAGAAGGAGGCAGACACAGGCAGAGCCUGCCCUGGCCUCAAGGAGUCAGCGGUGCGGGUGGGAGCAGUGAGGGAGCUGUACGCCUGGGUGCUGCGAGUGCCCGAGACAGAGCUGGCCAUGACCUUCCAGGAGAUCCUGGUGGACUUGGGCUCCAAAAAUGCCAAGGGGCUGUACCGGGCACAGGUGCGCGCCACGGUGGGCGGCCGCCCCACAGCCUUCACCGGCCUCGUGGGGCUGGAGAGCGACUCCCUGGCCCGCAGCAUGCCCGGCCUCGUCGCUCUGGCACUCGAGGCACUCAAAACCUAA